AAUUUUAGCCGCUGAAUGACACACAAGCCAGCCAUAACCCACUCGAACAAGUCCACCCAAUUUCCGGUCAUCUUCAAUCGUCGCCCAAGUCACACCUCACACCGUACGGAGCAUCAUUUUCCCGCGCAAUAUAUAUUUAUAGUAAUAUGUGAUGUGAGCCUCGCCUCGCCUCUCCACUCCACUCCAUAUUUGUUUUCAGCUCAGCUAGGGUUCCGCCGAAGCAGCGGCAGCAAAUGGAAACUCAGAUCGCUGAGCUGCUCUGCCAAACCCUCAGCCCCGACGGCCCCACCGUCCGUCUCGCCACCGACGCCCUCGACCGCCUCUCUCUCCUCCCCACUUUCCCCUUCUCCCUUCUAUCCCUCUCCGCCGGUAGGGAGUGGAGAUCCAGGUGUAGUAAUUGCUGCUGCUACAUACCUAAAGAACUUCACCCGGCGAAGCGUUCAGUCUUCAAAAGUAAGUAAGGAGUUCAGAGAUGAGCUUGUUCGCGCUUUACUUCAAGUUGAUUCUGCGGUUCUCAAGGUUUUGGUUGAAGCGUUUCGGGUUAUUGUUGCUUCUGAGUUCGUCAAGGAGAAUUCUUGGCCUGAUCUUGUACCCAAUCUGCGUGCUGCUAUUAUGAGUAGCGAUCUCAUUGAUCAAAGUGGAAAUUGUGAGUGGAAGACCAUUAAUGCCUUGACCCUUUUACAAUCGCUAAUCAGACCAUUUCAGUAUUUCUUGAAUCCAAAAGUUGCGAAGGAGCCCAUUCCAACACAGCUGGAGCUAAUUGCACAGGAAAUUAUUGCCCCUUUACUUGAUAUAUUUCAUCAACAUGUUGGAAAGGCUUUAACCAUCUCUGGCAAUAGGCAAGAGGGAAAUGAAAAGCUCCUUCUUAUUUUAUGCAAGUGCAUGUAUUUUGCUGUGAGGUCACAUAUGCCAUCUGCUUUGGCACCUCAUUUUUCUUCAUUUUGUGGGGAUCUGUUUCACAUUCUGAAUUCAUUGAGUUUUAACGGUGCUACUUCUUUGGAAGAGGGGUACUUGUUGAGGCUGAAGACUGGGAAAAGAAGUUUGCUCAUUUUCUGUGCUAUAGUUACCCAACACAGAAAGUUAUCAGACAAGUUGAUGCCCAGCAUUAUUGACUGUGUUGUCAAAAUAGUCAAGCAUAGCACAAAUAUCAGUAGGCUAGAUUUUCUAUCAGAGAGGAUAGUGUCCUUGGCUUUUGAUGUGAUCUCACGCGUUCUGGAGUCUGGCCCUGGAUGGAGGCUAGUCUCUCCCCACUUUUCAUCCUUACUAGACUCUGCUGUCUUUCCAGCAUUGGUGAUGAAUGAGAAGGACAUUACAGAGUGGGAAGAAGAUCCAGAGGAGUACAUGCGGAAAAAUCUUCCAUCAGAACUAGAAGAAAUUUCUGGAUGGAAAGAGGAUUUGUUCACAGCAAGAAAAAGUGCAUUAAAUUUACUUGGUGUUAUAUCAAUGUCAAAGGGUCCCCCGGGGGGAUCCAGGUAUAAUUCUUCACUUUCGUCAAAGCGUAAAAAAAGUGACAAGAGCAAAGGAAAGGAUCACAGUUUGAUGGGAGAGUUGUUAGUGCUUCCAUUUCUGUCAAAGUUCCCCAUCCCAUCUGGCUUUAAUGCCCAUGAAACCAAGGCUCUGAAUGAGUACUUUGGUGUUCUGAUGGCAUAUGGCAGCCUUCAAGAUUUUCUCAGCAAGCAGAAAACCGAGUACAUUGCAACCAUUGUUCGUACACGGGUAUUACCACUGUAUAAGAUCUCUUUAAGUUCACCUUAUUUGGUUGCCUCUGCAAACUGGGUUCUUGGAGAGCUUGCAUCCUGCCUCCCUGAAGAGAUGAGAGCUGAUGUCUAUUCUUCAUUGCUGACGGCGCUGACUAUGCCAGAUAUGGGACAUAUUUCUUGUUAUCCUGUCCGUGUGUCUGCUGUUGGUGCAAUUGCUGAAUUAAUUGAAAAUGACUACUUGCCACCUGAAUGGCUACCUCUUCUUCAAGUUGUGGUUGGUAGGAUUGCUGAUGAAUGUGAAGAGGCCUCCAUUUUGUUUCAGCUUCUUAGUACUUUGUUUGAGGCUGGGAAUGAACAUGUUACACUUCAUACCCCAAAUAUUCUUUUGUCAUUAGUUGGUACAAUCUCAAAGAGCAUUCCUCGUUAUACGGAGCCAUGGCCUCAAAUAGUUGAACGUGGCUUUUCAGCAUUAGCAGUAAUGGCUCAGUGCUGGGAAGAUUCUAUGCCCGAAGAAGGUGAACAAAGUGCAUCUAGUGAGGUGUGGGUAUCUGGUCGUGCUGUGAUUGCUAGAGCUUUGUCAGGUCUCCUGCAACAGGCUUGGCUUGGAGCUGCACAGCAACUGGAAGAAGAGACUGCUUCUUUGUUGCCCUCUCCGUCAUGCAUAGAGGAUUCAUCUGCAUGUCUCAGGUUUAUCAUACAAUCUGUUACUUCAAGCAAUGAGGUUUUAAUGCUUAAGGUUUCAGAAUUAGCACUGGUUUGGGCUGAUCUUAUAGCAAGCUGGAAUGCCUGGGAAGAAACAGAGGAUCUGUCUAUCUUCAAUUGUAUUAAGGAUAUCAUCAGUCUCCACCAGAGAUAUUUGCUGCAGAACUUUUUUAUGGCAGAAAUGCCACCUCCUCCAGCUCCACCUGUGCGUAGACGCUCUACUAUAGAAGGAAUUGGUGCUUUCAUUACUGAUGCCUUUUCACAGUACUCAUCUGCAACAUGGAGAGCUUCCUCAUGUGCACAUAUAGUGUUACAUUUGCCAAAUUAUACCUUUGAUGCAGAAGGUGUUAAGCAGUCAUUGGUGAUUGCUUUCACCCAUGCAGCUUUUUCUCGUUUCAGAAAUGUUAGAAGCAAGCCGUGUUCACUGUGGACACCUUUGUUGCUUGCUGUUUCAUCAUGUUAUUUAUGUUAUCCUGACGUCGUGGAGAAGAUUUUGGAGAAGGAUGAGCAUGAAGGCUUUGCAGUUUGGGCAUCUUCUCUCAGUUUAAUCACCUUCAGCACAUUUGAAUAUACUCUCUCAUCAGAGGCAGAGAUUAAGUUAAGUGUGAUGACAUUAGCAAAAAUUGUUGAGAGGCUGUUGACACUAGAAAAUCGCAAAGCUGGUUUGCUAGAAAAAUGCUUGACUUCUCUGUUGGCGGCUUCUGUAAGAUUGAAAGAAACUCAGGGAGAGGGAGAUGAUGAUGAUGAGAGCGGAGAUGAUCAGGAUGCUGGUGAAGAAGAUACUGAAGGCGACGACGACGACGACGAUGAUGAGGACUCAGAUGAUGAUGAAUAUGAAGAAACUGAAGAAGAAUUCCUUGACCGGUAUGCUAAGGCAGCUAUUGCCUUGGAGAAUGGGACCAUGCUGGAAGAAGCUGAUGUGGAAAGUCAAGAUGAUGAACUUGAAUUGGGUGGUUUAGAAGAGGUGGAUCCAGAGGAUGCUGUAGUUUCACUGGUGAAGCGACACCGGGAGAUGCUUCUUCACCUUGCAGCGCAGUCAUUAUUGCCACAAGAUGUCGUCUCCAAAUUCCUGAAUGCCUUCCCUGAAUGCAGUAAUCUCUACUUGUAGCAACAUGGUCGUCAUGUCUGACCACCCAUCCAGUUUGUGUUGUGUUGCUUUGUUCACUGGCUGUAAUGUUUGUACAGAAGCAGAAAACUCAAUUUUCACGCACAUCUUUUGUCCGUGUGAGAAAUGGGAUUGUUGUAUUAUCUCAUUAUUUGGAUUGGAAAUUGCUGAUU